AUGUCGUCCUCAGAAGAGAAGGGACCCCUCCCUGUCACUCCUGAGAAGGAGGUUCCUCCCCCACAGUUCACCCACGGUGGUGAUGCCAUCAACCAGCAUCGCGACCAAGAGGACUUCUGGACUCGCAAUGGCCUCAACCUCAAGUCCUUCCAGAGACGUGGCGAUGGCGCCUCCAUCGACUCUCUCGACCGCACCAUGAAGGCCCGCCAUCUGCACAUGAUUGCCAUCGGUGGUUCUAUCGGUGCUGGUUUCUUCGUCGGUUCCGGAAAGGCCCUCGCUACCGGUGGUCCCGCAACCCUCCUCAUCGAUUUCUCCAUCAUUGGUAUUAUGAUGUUCAACACGGUCUACGCUCUCGGCGAACUUGCUGUCAUGUUCCCUGUCUCUGGUGGUUUCUACACGUACUCUACUCGCUUCAUCGAUCCUUCCUGGGGUUUCGCCAUGGGCUGGAACUACGUCAUGCAAUGGUCUAUCGUCUUGCCUCUUGAACUCACGGUCUGCGGUAUCACAAUUCAAUACUGGACGAAAGACAUCAAUGUUGCUGUCUGGAUCACCGUCUUCAUGUUUGCCAUCAUCAUCGUCAACGUUUUCGGCACUCUCGGAUACGCUGAGGAGGAGUUCUGGUCUUCGGUUCUCAAGCUUGGAGCGACUGUCGUCUUCAUGAUCAUUGCCGUCGUCCUCGUCUGUGGUGGUGGUCCCGAGGGCAGCGCUUACGACGAAUACUCUGGUGGCAAGCUUUGGCAAGAUCCUGGCGCUUUCGCCAACGGCUUCCGUGGCUUCUGCUCCGUCUUCGUCACUGCUGCUUUCUCCUUCUCCGGAACUGAGCUGGUCGGUCUUGCCGCUGCUGAGGCCCGCAACCCCGUCAGGUCUCUUCCCGGUGCCAUCAAGCAGGUGUUCUGGCGUAUCACCCUCUUCUACAUCCUGGGUCUCACCUUCAUCGGUCUCCUCGUCCGCCACGAUGACGACCGUCUCCUCGGUGGUGACAACCCGUACAUCAACGUCGAUGCUUCUCCCUUCGUUCUGGUCGGUCUCGAUGCCAAUCUUCACGGCUAUGAUUCGUUCAUGAACGUCAUUAUCUUGGUCUCCGUCCUUUCCAUCGGUGUUUCCUCCGUCUAUGGUGGUUCCCGUACCCUCACUGCCCUUUCCCAGCAGGGUUAUGCCCCCAAGAUCUUCUCCUACAUCGACCGCUCCGGCCGCCCUCUCAUCUCCGUGCUCUUCGUUUGCGCUUUCGGCCCCCUCGCCUAUGUCAACCUGAGCACUUCCGGUGUCGUUGUCUUCGACUGGCUCCUCGCCUUGUCUGGUCUUGCCGCCCUCUUUACCUGGGGUUCCAUCUGCUUGGCCCAUAUCCGCUUCCGCAAGGCUUGGGCUCGCCAGGGUCACACUCUGGAUGAGAUUCCCUUCAAGGCCGCUGGUGGUGUCUAUGGCUCUUACCUUGGCCUCAUCCUCGUCAUCCUCGUCUUGAUCGCUCAGCUUUUCGUCGCCAUCUGCCCCGUCGGCGGCGGCUUCAACGAUGUCGAGGGCUUCUUCAAGUCUUACCUCGCCCUUCCCGUCGUCAUCGUCUUCUGGAUCGGUGGUUUCGUCUGGAAGCGAACAGGUUGGCUCCGCACCGACCAGAUCGAUGUUGACACUGGCCGCCGCGAGCUCCCCUGGGACGAGAUCAACGAGUACCGCGAGAGGCUUGCUCAGAUGCCCGCCUGGAAGCGCGUCUUGCAUACUGUCUUCGUCUAA